AUGGAGUAUGAGCCAAGUUAUGGCCAAUGUUCUCUACAAGCCAAUGAAGACAUCAUCUUCCCUUUAAUCAUGCAUGAUGUUUUUCCUGAUGAUGGUCACAUGGAUACUGGCUUUCCUGGGAUGAGCUGUGGAGAUGAGCCAUUGGUUCAUGACGCCUUCAUGGGCCUGCAAAAGUCCCUUCCUUCAGGCUCGACUCAUGAAUAUUCAUCUCAACAGGAGAUCUUGGUUGCGAUCCGAGGGGAGCUAAUGGAGGAGAACAGCUUGGCUGAUCUACUCCUGGCCAGUGCCAAAGCUGUCGAGACUGAGAACUGGCAUCUGGCUUCCACAGCACUUGCGAGGCUCGACCAGCUGCUUCUUGGCCGAGAGAUGGACGCCAAUCCACUUAAUCAAUUGGCCUACUACUUGGCGCAGGGGCUCCGGGCAAGGACUAAUGAUCUCGGUGCAAACGACGUCUUCCCGGUCCAUUCCAUGGCGUCCGACGGCAUGUCGGCGUACCAGAUGUUGCAGGAAUUAUCGCCAUACGUGAAGUUCGGGCACUUCGCGGCCAACCAGGCCAUCCUCGAGGCAACAGAGGGGGACCGGGAGGUCCGCAUCGUGGACCUGGACGUGAUGGAGGGGAUUCAAUGGCCUCCAUUAAUGGUGGACCUUGCAAGCAGAAUCGGCACGUCGCUUUGGAUCACUGCACUCGUUGAGGCCGGCAAUGUGGAGGCGGUCCACCGGACCGGGCGGAGGUUGGUGGAGUUUGCGGACUCCAUCGGGCUCCCUCUUCGGUUUGACUGUCUGCAGGUCAACAAGGAAGGGGACUUGGAACGAGUCGAAGCCGGCGAAGGAUCGCUCGUAAUAAACUGCAUGGUCAAUCAGCUACAAAGGCCAAGUAGGAGCUUUAAAUCACUGAACUUCUUGCUUGGUGGUGCGAGGAAGCUAAGACCAAAGCUGGUGGUUUUGGUGGAGGAAGAUCUCUUUAGCUUCGGUAAGGGUCCUUUUAAGUCCUUCGUGGAGUUCUUUUGUGAGGCUUUGCACCACUUCUCUGCUAUCUUUGAUUCAUUAAAUUGUAGUUUUGUGGGUGACUAUAGGAUGGGGCUGAGGCUGGUUGAGAGGGAGAUGUUGGGACCUAGGAUAGUGGACUCUGUGGGGAAGUUUUUAAAAGAGAUGGAGGGGUGGGGAGGAGGGUUUAGUGGGUUGGAGGGUUUCAGGACCAUUCCACUGAGCUCUUGUAAUGUUUCUCAGGCGAAGUUUUUGGUGGGGCUCUUUGGUAGAGGGUAUGGGGUGCAGCAUGAGAAAGGUAGGCUGGCUCUUUCUUGGAAGUCAAGGCCUUUAACCACAGUGUCCAUCUUGGUCCCUGCAUGA